AUGUUUGGAGGUUCGAGAAGGCACCGUCAGGCCAAUCAGCCAUUGACCGCCGCAACCGCAAAUCCUAAUGCUGCUACGGCAGCUGCCUCAGCCUUUGCGCGACGCGCAUCCAGCUCGUCUCUGUCAUCUGCUGCCGCCGCCGCUGCCUUGCGAUCGCGACCUACAACACCCAUCAAUGUCGCCGAAGUACAGACAAAGCGGACACAAAGGCGCAGUCGAUCGGUCUCGUCGCAGCGAAGCCAGGACACUCAAAGGGACCUACACCGAUCGCCUAGCCAGAACUCCAUGACCGAACGGACCUUCCGCUCACCUUCACCACACCGAACACCGAUAGCUGCUGCCCCCGAUGCGCCACCAGUCCCGAAUAUCCCGGACGACAUGCGAUCCAUCACGAGCCAGAGCUCUUCCCACAAGAGGUCAACGAGCCUACAGAUGCAGCCGUUCCGCGUAGCGAGUCAGAAGAAACAAGACGGCGCCGGAUCGUGGUUUGGGGCCGCGCACGAGGGCAAUUUGGCCAACGUGAGAACGUCGGAUGCCCCAAUGCGCGUCGCCUCUCCAGAGUCUCGCCCGGGAGCUGUAAGCCCAACUUCUUCUAUAAACUUUUCAUAUCCGAGGGUGCCAGGCGCAUCGCCCCCGGCAUCACCAACCAUCGAGAGCAUGUCAAUGACAAGUAGCCAGCGAUUUGUCUCACCCCGCCGAUCAGAGUCAGCAGCGUCGCGCCACACGACGGCGUCAGAUACUCAGUCACUCGUGUAUGAUCCCAAUUCGAGGAGGAUGGUUCCUAGAGUGAGUCUGCUGGUAAGCGAACAGAAAGUUCGGGAUGCUGCUGAGAAGCCCGUCAAGAAGUCAAAACACCAGCAAGGUUUGUCCAGAAGUGGUUCCCACUUGGCCAAAGGUACGAUGGGGAGAGCGCAAGGCACUGCGGUCGCAGCUGAAGAGCCCACGCGUGCAAGUGCGUCUACCCCUGCAUCGACACCAGCACCGAAGCAACAAUCACAAGUUCGGGUUCCCACCGGUGCUCCCGAGCAACAAAGUCAACCUCAAACUGAGGAGACUGUACCGCCGAAGACUGUACCGACGCAUCACCAGCAACCGCCUCCAGCACCUGUCGUAACCAUCAAACAGCUUUCUCAACGUGAAACAGAAACCGCUCACACGCAACCGGCAUCUAACCCCGAGGUAGAGCAGCCGGUUGUGCAGGAUGUACGUAAGAGUGAUGGUGCCACGAUUCUGCCGCAUUCGGAACCUCGCCAAGGCGCGCCCAAAUUAGGAAGGAAACCUUCUAUAGUACAGGAGGAAUCCGAGGACGAUCUGGAGGAUUCCGACGAGGACGAAGCCCCACAGCCUCCGGUGCGCCACGAUGUUUCUGAUGUUCUUGACGCCGUACCUGUGAGGUCUUCAGCGCCCCCGAAGCAACCAACGCUGUCAUCCGAAAGCACAGCUGUCGAAGCUCCAGCACAGACGUCGUCCCAAAGGCAACCUAGUCCUUCACAGCUUAAGCAGCAUGGCAGUAUCAGGAACGGACGUGCUCACUCGAGCAGUCCUGCAAGAUCAGCACGCUUUGCAUUAGGCGCAGAUCAAUUAGCCAUCAGGCACGAGCCUCCUCCUCGAUCCGUCUCGCCUCGAAAGUCCGCCAUGAAACAUUCAAUUAGCCCAUCCCGCGGUGCCUCACCGUCAGAUGAGGGCUCUGAAGCGUCGGGGCCAAGCCGGUUUGGCAGCGAGGUCACCGCAGUGGAGGCGCCGGUGCCACGCAAAAAGAGUGUACGGGUCAGCUUUGACGAUGAGAACACCAAGGUCGUAGGACAAUCCGCUGCAAAGCCGGAGCUGGAUUCACCUCUUCCCUUGAGUCCUCAAAACACGAAACGACAUUGGUACAACCACCUGGGCCGAAGCCGAAAGAAAGAUGCGGUUGCCCUGGAUGAAGACGAAGUCAUGCAACCACGACCCGCCUUGCCCACAUUCGGCAGUGUCCGUGAGAAGAUGCCGCGGGACAGUGAGGAGGAGCGGCCACUCGUACGGCCCACUGAAUCACCGACGACAUCUGGCCCAGAUACCCCGGAACGCACACCGGACCGGUCGAUCCCACUUGGGCAGUCCAACGACCACAAUGUUGGCUCGAUUCUCCAUCUUCAGGAGCAGACGGCUAGAAACCCUGCAAACAUAUCGAGAUUCAGAGAGCCAUUGCCGCCCGUGGUUACGUCGAUGGAAGGUAGUGGCUAUUAUUCGCCCAGCAGCACGAGUUCGGAAGAUGAAGACGAGGCGGAAGUUUUCCAGGACUCAGAGGUUAUCCAGGAGCCCGCGCCAACCUUGCCUCCUGCGCAAGUCAAGGAGGAAAUCAUUGCCGACCAUCCUGAAUUGGUCGACCAGCCGCAAUAUUCGACAGGCCCCGUUCACGAGAAUAACAUUGAACGGCAAGAGGAUUACCUCCCUUCUAUCUCCGUUAUUCAACCGACACCAACUCCCAGGGAGACAGUCAGCAACGACCCAGCCAGUCUGUCAGGUCCAAGCUACUUUGAUGUUCCGGGAGGUUUCCCGAGCGAUGACAGCGAGGACAACGGUCCGCAAACCCGCGCUGUGCCUACCACAGAUGUGACGAAGCAUGAUCAGCCGACAUCGACGGCAGUUUCCAACGGCGCCGCCAAAUCUUCCGCAAUUGCCGUUCCCCAAUCCAUUCCCACCGAUGAAUCUGCGUCCGAAGGCGAUAGCAUCUACAGUGACGCAUACGAAGACCUCUCAGAUAUCGACGGAGACGGUUUCAUGUCUCUCGACGCCGUUGUCGCAUCACCCGUUUCCGACAAGGUUUCUCAGAAGCUCUACAAGAAGGCUCUAGCAGAUUCCCAAAAGGGGACUGCUCACGACGCUGAUGUCUCAGGAACGCACUAUGCGCCGGACGUUUCGCAGUUGUCAAAUGGCUCGCAGCAACCAGAGGAUGAGUGGGAGAAGGCCAAGCUCUACUGGAAAGGAUUGACAAGUGACAAGCGGAAACAACUCGAGCAAGAGGCGUUGGAGGAAGCCGGGGCCGAAGGCGACCUCGAAGAGGUUGGCCAGCCCGUGAAGCCCAAGAGGAAGAAGUCUGUUCGCAAGAGCGACCCUGUCGAACAACAGCAGGCUUCCACCAACCCAGAACGCGUUUACCAAAUCCAGUCUGGAACUAGAGCCGCCGAUGAAGAGGACCAAGCAGAGCCGCCAGUCGCUAUUCGGAAGACUAUGCGAGGACGGCAGGCUCAAGAGGCAGCACCAGCUAAUGGGAGACUCCAGAAGACAAUGCGUGGUGCACCUACACAGCCGUCUGCGGCUACAAACUCCGGUAUGCGAAAGUCGAUGCGAUCGGACAUUCAAGCUCCUCAAGGCUCUCACCAAACACAAGCUGCGGCUCCUGGAGGCAUGAGGAAGUCUAUGAGACAGAAUGGCUCGUCUCAAUCAGGGGCUGUUCCCCAGCAAAGGGCAGCCCCCGUAACUUUGACUAGCCAGGACACUCGUUCUAAGCACCUCUCCAUGGACAGCACAAUGUCGAGCGUUGAGAUGGCGAAAGCCAUGCAAGCAGCGAUGCAGUCGACACCCCGUCGACGAGGAUCCGAUUCCAGCGAGACCAGUUUUCGACGGUCUCGGCCAAAGCAGGAAGGAUUUGGCUUCCGAAAAUCGAUGCGAUCCAAUGGGGAGGCCGAGCAGGCGGCGGCCGGUAGGAACUCGCGCUUCAGCCUCCGGUCAAUGUCUCCACCCGCCUCGCCGUCUCAGCCACCGAUUAGCAUGGGCAACCGUACAACUAUGCGAGGCACGCUGCGAAGUGAUUCGAGUGAUGGAAGCACGCGUCGCAUGCGCCUACCGUCUUUCGGCAAGUCAUCUUCCAAAAAGGUGACGGGAAACCCGGCGAAACCGGGGAAGAGCCGCUUUGGCGACUCGAGCGACGAAGACGAUGCUGGGCCCUCUGGAUUCCGCAGCCGAUUUGUCGACUCUAGCGACGAAGAUGAAAAGACAGCGCCUGCAUCCGCACCGCACAACGUGCCGAAGAGCAUGCGCGCAUCAAGCUCCGCUGCAGCGGCUGCAAUGAAGGUCCCUUCUCCUCGAUACGACGAAAAGGCAGAAGAUUCUCCGGACCUGCCUGACAGUAGCGACGAGGAGGCGCCGCCGCUGCCGGUUCUGCAAAAGCCUAAACUAUCUCCGAGAAAGGUCUCUGGCGCUAGCGGCCGCCUGGUGAAGUCUCAAACGGACGGUCAUGGCUUGCCGUCCUCGGGGUCUCCUCGUGGAGGGCUUAUGGAGUCAUCCACGGCUCCUGUCGUCAACACCCGACCAAACCACGAACGCAGAGGCAGCUUCCUCUCUAUUCUUCGGCGCAGAAAGGACUCUGAUGCCGGGAAGAUCUCUCGGCCCGCCGCCGGCGAGAGCGGCGCCAGGAUGGACACGAAGCUGGAGCGCAGCGCCUCGGAGAUCUCGGCUCUCCGUGGCACAAACGGGUCGAAGCUCCAGAAGCUACCCAUGGAGAACUGGCCUCUCGUUGAGGAGAACUUUGACGAUGAGAAGCGCCCGAUGACGGCUGAUAACAACAAGCCCGUGGACGCGUCCAGGCCGACGUUUAUGAAGCGCCGGAGCACCAACCAGGUACUUACCUCGGGGUAUCAAGAAGACCAAGAGAGCGUCCUGCUGGACUCCUCGGGCAAGAAGAAGAAGAAGUUUGGCACGCUCAGGCGCAUGUUCAAGCUUGAUGACUAG